CGGCAGCGCUGAGCGAAAGGGCGUUUGGGCGAGGAGCCCGUGAUGCUUUGUUUACUCGCAUUUCAUUCACCGCUUGGAUGACAGUUAAGAGUGCUCUGCGUGCGCGGUGCGGGCGCCGCCGCUCCUGCUGCCGGCGCCCGGCUGGUGGUGGGCCGCGGACGCCGUGAGUCAGUUGUGUCACGGCGCCGGGGUGGUGACGGUCAGUCAGUUGCUGCCCGUACGUCGACCGCUGCAGACGCCCCGCCAGACGCGGACACACAGAACACGGCAAGAUGGGCGAGCGGCGCGGCAUGAAGGCGCUGGAGCUGUGGUGUCGGCGCAUCACCAAGGGCUACCCGGGCGUGCGCAUCACCAACAUGACCACCAGCUGGCGCAACGGCCUCGGCUUCUGCGCCAUCAUCCACCACUUCAGACCCGACCUGAUUGACUUUGACUCGCUGCGGCCGGACGACGUGUACAAGAACAACGCGCUGGCGUUCGAGACGGCUGAGACGUCGCUGAGCGUGCCGGCGCUGCUCGACCCGCAGGACAUGGUCGACUACGAGGUGCCCGACCGGCUGUCCAUCCUCACAUACGUGUCGCAGUUCUACCAGGCGUUCGUCGGCCAGCAGGGCGUUCCCCGGAAGCCGGUCGUCGAGUCGGAGACGGCCUCGCCGGACUCAGCGUCACCCGCCGACGAGAAGCACGUCGCCACAUCCGUCCGCCAGCGCGAGCCGUGCGCCGCCUGCCGGCUGCCGGUGUUCCUGGCCGAGAGGAUGCUCAUCGAGCGGCGCCUGGUACACCGCACGUGCUUCAAGUGCGCCCGCUGCGGCAGCCAGCUGUCGACCGCCAACUACUACGUCACGGAGGACGCCCAGUUCUGCUGCGAGGUGUGCCCGGACGAGGAGAUUGGCGGCCGCGUGCAGAAGACUGCCGCGGUGCUGGCGCACGAGCGCGCGGUGCUGGCCGGCCCCGCCGACGAUCCGCUCAGCGAGGACGCCGACGCGGUGCUGGAGCUGGAGCUGCGCCCGCCGGACCCGGCGGCCGGCGCCGCGCCGCGGCGUCCGCCGUCCAGCGCCAGCUCCAGCUCCGGCGACAGCGACAGCGACUCCGAGUCGAGCGAGCCGGCCGCGACAGAGACGCAGGUGGUGCGCGAGGCGGAUGUGGCGAUCCCCGACAGUGAUGACGGACAAAGUGGUGCGAGUGUGGCGGCGGAGGGCCGCCGCAGCGAGGCGGCCCCGGAGGAGGCCGCCGCGAACGGGACUGCCGAGGCAGCCCGCGCGACGGACGCGGGGUUAGAGACGGUGGCGGCGGCGGCGACGGACAGCCAGCCCGUGGGGGAGGCGGGUGGCGAGUCGGAGUCGGUGCCGGCCGAGCCAGAGUCCGUGCCCGUUGAGUCAGAGCCGGUUCCGACCGAGCCGGAGCCGGUCCCGGCCGAGCCGGAGCCGGCAAUCAGGUCGCGAGGCGCCGGGGACGGGGGCGCGCCCCGGCGCCACGCCGGACUGGCGCGCGACACGCCGCCGGAGGCCGACCGAGGGCGAGAGCCAGCCGCGCCGGAAGAGGCGGCCACUCUGGGCGCGGGAGAGGUCCCCGCCCCGGCCAGCGGGGGUGAAGAGGAGGUGCCGCUGACGGAGGAGCGGCGGGACGGAGAGGAGCGUUUGGGAGAUGAAGAUGGAGGAGCCCCAGGAGCGGAGGGGGGAGCUGAGAAGCAGGAUUCUCCGGUCAAGGAGCCUCGGCCGGACGAACCUGCGAACCCGUUCGAUGAUGAUGAUGAUGAUGAGGAUGAAGCCGAGGAAGCCCCGGCGGAGAAGCCUUCCGCUGUACCCACUGUUGAAAUCACCGAGCCAACGCCCACCAAGCCUGCCGAGGCGAAGGAAUACAACCCCUUUGACGAAGACGAGGAAGAGGAAGAAGAAGUGGUAAAGACGAAGCCAGAGGAAACUGUGGAGGCGAAGGCUGAGGAGGAGUAUCCGGACGACCUCAAUCCGUUCGGUGAUGACGGAGAAGAUGAUGCACCCCCUGUUGCACCACCUCAGCCGCCCAAGCCGGCUGAGGCUAGCCUUAAUCCCUUCGGAGACGAUGAGGAUGAAGAAGAGACGGGGUCUGGGUUUGUCACCCCGGUGUCCAGUACCCAGUCUUCUCCCUCCAAGCCCGUGAGCAGCCCGCGGGAGAUCAACCCGUUCGAGAAGCCGCCGCGGCCGCCGCCGCCCACGCUGGACCGGCGCGUGCUGGCGGCCCGCGCCGCCGCCAGCACGCCGCCGCGACCGGCAGAGCCGCCUGGUCUGGUGCGUGAGCAGCGCUCCGGAUCGCUCACCUCGCUCACCUCCAGCUCGGGGAAGAAGAAGCGGCCGGCGCCGCGGCCGCCCGGCCUCAGCUCGCCCUCGGCCAGCCAGGGCGUGUCUCCGGUGGACUCUCCCGCGACCUUGAGGAAGCGUCACGCCCCGCCCCCGCCGCCUGUCGGCCAAUCAUCGCCCGGCAAUCCGGAGGCGCCGCCCAAUCCGGAGCGCAGCAAGGCCGAGAAGGAGCAGGACAACUAUACGAAAAUGAACCUUACCAAUAAGUCGAUCCAGGGGAAAUUCAAGAGACGGAAAGGACCUGCCCCCCUUCGACCCAAGCCUAUCAAGAGACAGGUGAAGACGCUGCCUCCCAAGGAGACCCAGACAGAGCUGCACGACAUCAACGUGAAGCAGCUGGAGCUGGAGCGGCAGGGCGUGGAGCUGGAGAAGACCAUCCGGCAGCUGACGGAGCUGGAGGACAAGCAGCAGAAGGAGCUGGACAGCACGGCGCCCUACGGCCUGGACAUCGAGGACAUGAUCCUGCAGCUGUUUGACCUGGUCAACGAGAAGAACGCCCUGUUCCGGCGCCAGGCCGAGCUGAUGUACAUGCGGCGCCAGCACCGUCUGGAGGAGGAGCACGCCGAGCUGGAGUACGAGAUCCGCUGUCUGAUGAUGAAGGCCGACUCGCUGAAGACGGAGCCGGAGCGGCAGCGGGAGCAGCAGCUGAUCGACCGGCUCGUCUCGGUGGUGGAGCAGCGCAACGAGAUCGUGACCAUGCUGGAGAUGGAGCGCAUCCGCGAGAUCCAGGAGGACGCCAGCAUCGACUACCACAUGGGUCUGUACACAGCGGAAAGAGUGGGCUCGGCAGAACCGACGCCGGAAAAGAAAAAGAAGGACAAGAAGAAGAAGAAAAAGAAGGACAAGGAGAAGAAGGAGAAGGAGAGAAGCGGCAAAAAGAAAAGGACCAGGACGACGACAAGGACAUAGACGAGAAGGAACAGGCGACGGAGAAGAAGAAAUCCAAGAAGAUUAAGCUAAAGAAACUGUUUUCGUAGCCGAGCGAUUAGAAGGAAUAAUAACUCCGUGGCGCGUGUCUCUAGUGUCGUUACGUGACGCGCCGGCCCGUGCAGCAGUCAUUCGCCCAGCGUGACGAGGCCGGCCCCCUGGCUCCCGCAGCGGCGCGCGCGGCUCCGAGUCGCGUCGGUCGCCGCCGCGGGACGGCCGCGCUCGCCGGCGCCGCCAGCGUGCGGCGGCGCCGGCGGCGCGCGGAUUUCAACCUGCAGUCAUAGUCGUCGCGCCGGCGGGAAGCGUGCUCGGAGGCGGCAGUGCGUGCGUGUGUGCGAGCGUCCGUUAUCUAAGCGUAGGAGGAGCGUGCGCGUGUGUCGGUGGUCGGAUGUGGCCGCCGGCCGGUUGUCCGUGUGUAGAGAACGGUGUCGCGGCCGUGCUGUUGACCCUGCGACCGUCGGGGCAGGGUAGCGGUGUCACGCCAGGGGUCGGCAGAGACCGCGCUACAUUCCAUGCAGCGGGGGAGGGCCGCCGGGCUGUCCUCGCAGGUGAACAAAUAUAUUUUAAUAGUGUC